AUGAAGCACCUGGCAGCUCUGCUCGUGGGCCUCGGGUUAGCCGCUCUCACAGCCGCCAAGGACGUCACGUUCACUGUCUACGACAACUCCGAAUGCAAGUACGAAAACAAGAAGUUCGAAAAGAAGAACUACAUGGCCAUUACGGUCGGUAGCGGCGAUCACGAAUGCAAACCCAUCGACUUCACCGCGUGGUACCAUCUGGUGGACACUGGGCCGCGGCCCGCAUUCUCCCUCGUUACCGGGGACCAUAUCGAAAAGGCUACCGGGGACAAUAUCGUUAAAAGGGACGAUGUCGAUCUCAGCCAAAUUGUCUUCUUUACCGACGUGUCGUGCAAGGAUCCUCUGGAUACACUCGAAGAUGCCAUGAACGAGUGGCAUAGGGUCGGCGGCGAGGCCGACUUGAACUGUCUUGAUGUCAAAGAUCCCAGAGGGAUUGCCGCUUACCAGGUUGCAAAGAAGAAGGAUACCUCAUGA